UAUAAAAUAAACAGCGUAAAGAUGGCGGAAGAAGUCGCCGAGAUUUUGGACACUGAUAAGUUGUACCUGACACAAAUCCGACAUUUGGAGGAUCAGCUGGAUAAGUGUCAGUCGAAAUGCGGCGAGCUGGAGAACCACGUCCUGGAUCUGAUGUCGGAGCUGCGGGCGCUGACGAAGGACAAGGACGACGUGACCAGGUACUUGAAGCGGGCGCUGGACACCAAGGACAAGAGGGUGGAGAUGCUGAUGGAGCAGGUGGAGCAGCAGCAGGAGGCCAGCGAGAAGGACAAGGAGACCAUGGAGCAGCUCAAGAAGCAGCUGGAGCAGCUGCACCAUCGCAUCAGCGAGCUGGACGCCGUCAUCGACACGCAAGCCAAGCAGUUGGACCAGCAGGCGGGACAGCUGGUGGCUCUGGAGGACAAGAUGGUGGUUCAGAAGAAGCAGCAGGACGCCGCCAAUAAGCAGCUGACGGAGGACGCGCAGAGAGACAAGACUAACAUGAUCGCUGAGACGAUGAGCAACAUGGAGGUGGUGUUCGAGGACAAGCUGUCCAAGAGGCUGGAGGAGGAGAGAGUUCAGAACAGCAAGAAGAUGACACAGCUGCAGAUGAUGCUGCAGGAGAACAUGACUCUGUGGCUGGAGAAGGACGUCAUGCAGAAGAAGGAGUUGGAGCUCAGCUGCGAGGUCAGUCGUCUGGAGGACGAGCUCACCAAGAAGCCUCGCAGGAAGUUCACGCGCAGGAAGUGACCUUCUGGAAUGUUCCACACGGAACCAUCCAUGAACUUUCACCAAGAUGGAUAACAACUGCAAGACCUCGUGUGUCCACAGUGGCCGCCAACCAGCAAACGUUUCACUCUUAAAUAGUCUUGCCUGCUUUGUGGUACAGUCCCCAGUCCAGAACCGGACAAAAACAGGGGGCAUCCGGAUUUGAACCGGAGACCUCUUGAUCUGCAGUCAAAUGCUCUACCACUGAGCUAUACCCCCACACUCCACUCAUGACCACUUUCACUCCUCUGUCCUCCAUUACUGCAACCUCGGAUUCCCAGGAGGACACAACUAUUUCCUGUUCAGUGCAAGCCAGGAAUUCUUUGUCCUCCCUGUGUGUGUGUGUGUUUGUGUGUGCAUGUGUGUGUGUGUGUGUGUGUGUGUGUGUGUGUGUGUGUGUGUGUGUGUGUGUGUGUGUGUGUGUGUGUGUUGGGUGUUGCAACACUUAGACUUUUAUCUAACAAAAUAGCUGGCUUUUAUUUGAAACAGACAUCAGGUUAUCCAGUUUGUUUGCGUGACAGCAGGCAGCUUGCUAACGUUAGCAUGCUAACUUUUUUUUUGUUGCAAUUUUUUCUAGCCAAAAACCUUAGUGAAAUAACUUGGUACUUGACUUAUGCUAACUGUUAGCAUGCUAACUGUUGGUAUGCUAACUUUUUAUUUAUUUAUUUUUAUAUAAUUUUACAGCCAAAACACUUCAGUCAUAUAAGUUGUUACUUGACACAUGCU